CGCGACCUGCCAACUCUAGCCAUGACGGGUCGCGGCACGGCUAGCCGCUUCUUGACCAGCGUCCUCCACAACGGCCUCGGCCGCUACGUGCAGCAGCUGCAGCGGCUCAGCUUCACGCUCAGCCGCGACUCGCCAUCGUCCCGCGGCGCCAGGGAUUUCGUGGAACGGGAGGUGACGGACUUCGCCCGACGGAACCCAGGGGUCGUAAUCUAUGUGAACUCGCGGCCUUGUAACGUCCCGAGAGUGGUGGCAGAGUACCUGAAUGGAGCCGUGCGCGAGGAGAGCAUGCACUGCAAGUCCGCGGAGGAGAUCGCGACGCUGGUGCAGAAGCUAGCCGACCAGUCGGGCUUGGACGUGAUCCGCAUCCGCAAGCCCUUCCACACGGACAGCCCCAGCAUCCAGGGCCAGUGGCACCCCUUCACCAACAAGCCCACCCUGCUGGAGGUGCGGCCCCGAGAAGUCCAAGACCCUGCACAGUGAGCAUGGCCCCAGGCGAGCACGGCAGGC